CACCAGUGGAGGGCGCUAUGUGUCAGGUUCCUGCUGUGUCUGCCUACAAGUCCUGACGGAGGGCACGUUUACUCAUCACUUAAACCGUGUAAUAAAGCAAGAUGGCAGCUGUUGUUGAAAAUGUUGUCAAACUGUUGGGAGAGCAGUACUACAGAGAUGCCAUGGAGCAAUGUCACAACUACAAUGCCAGGCUCUGUGCUGAGAGGAGUGUCCGGAUGCCGUUCCUUGACUCUCAGACCGGCGUGGCUCAGAGCAACUGCUACAUCUGGAUGGAAAAAAGACACAGGGGCCCAGGAAUGGCUCCAGGGCAGCUUUACACCUACCCAUCCAGGAGGUGGAGGAAGAAACGGCGAUCUCAUCCUCCAGAGGACCCCCGGCUUAUCUUCCCUCCUGUCAAGCCAGAGGUAGACAUAGGACUGAAGAAGGAUGCUGUGUUAUCCGCGGAUGGUAGCAGCCUGGAGGCGCUGCUUAAGGGGGACUCCUUGGAAAAACGGGCGACCAUAGAGCUCCGAGGGUCUGAGGAGGAUUCAAACCAGAGUGACUACACCGGGAGCCUGAACCCAGCUGCUCGGAUUAGAAAGAGAAUCCUCGAGCCAGACGACUUCCUGGACGACCUGGAUGAUGAAGACUACGAGGAAGACACGCCUAAAAGACGAGGCAAAGGGAAGGGGAAGGGUCGAGGAGUGGGCAGUAACAGGAAGAAGCUGGAUACAGCAGCACUGGAGGACAGAGACAAGCCAUACGCCUGUGACAUCUGUGGGAAGCGCUACAAGAACCGUCCCGGCCUGAGCUACCACUACACCCACUCCCACCUGGCUGAGGAGGAGGGUGAGGAGAAGGAAGAGAUGGAGAUCAAUGAGCCGGCCCUGCCGCUGCCUAGUGAGCCCAAAACUCCCAAGAAAGGCCCAGACGGUCUCGCGUUGCCUAAUAACUACUGUGAUUUCUGCUUGGGAGACUCCAAAACCAAUCACAAGACUGGCCAGUCAGAAGAGCUGGUGUCCUGCUCAGACUGCGGACGCUCAGGCCACCCCUCCUGCUUGCAGUUCACUCCUGUAAUGAUGGCCGCUGUGAAGACGUACCGCUGGCAGUGCAUAGAGUGCAAGUGCUGCAACAUGUGCGGCACCUCAGAGAAUGACGAUCAGCUUCUGUUCUGUGACGACUGUGAUAGAGGCUAUCACAUGUACUGUCUCAACCCACCCAUGUCUGAACCUCCAGAGGGGAGCUGGAGCUGUCAUCUAUGUCUGGACCUCUUGAAAGACAAAGCAUCCAUAUACCAGAACACCCCGCCAUCAUGAUAGCUGCCCACCCUGCACACACUCAUCACUCAGCUGUCCUGCAACAGUAUGGUUUACCCUUCAAGAUAGACGAUAAAUUCCCCUGACGAGCUGACCACGGAGGGAGCGUGUUCAGAACAGACAAUAAAUCUUGAAUCAAACUGGCCUAGUAGCUUCAAAUAUGACUGUUGCACAGUUCCAAGCUCAGACUCAGCCUGAUUGAUUUUUAUUUGCACCUCUUUGCUACAUAGCCAAUUUGAGCAGUAAUGAAUUUCAACAAUAUACACAGCAUAAAUAGCCAAAAUCGGACAUCCUGUUCAGGUUUUUUACACAAACGCCUACACAAAGUUGCUAAAACCUUGUCUCUAUCCUGCAAUGUACUGAUUUUUAUGACUAGAGCAGAAAUAGAGCUUGGAAUCAAGUAGCAUGCCAAUGCUUGCUUAUCGUGGAAAAAAGACAUUUUAUAAUAUUUAUAUAUUUCUAUGGUAUAUAAUAGUGUUAAGUAUGUACAAAUUGGAAAAAGAAUGGUCAUGUAAUGGUCUUUUUAUCAGUGCCCAUCUCAUCAUUAUGAAAAAAUCCACAACCACAUGUUUUUUAAGGCACUGCUGACAUUUGUCCAUUCACUUGAUAGAGUCAAAGGGAUCUGCUGAGACUAUAAACAAUUUUCCAUGUCAUCCACUGCCACCAGACACACACUGACACACAAUAGAAACUCUGACAUGCUCGUCAAAGUGGCUCCAAAGGCUGAAGGACUUAAGGGAUGGCAGGUUAGAUUUUAGUCUAAUUGUGGCCUCUUUUUCGCAAGUGGCUGAUUGUUUGCACAGACCUCAAGAGGCUGCAUGAGGACAUAAUAAUGUAGUAAUGUGUGUGUUACACUCAGGCUUUGGGGCUCUUUUGACAAAACUGUUGGCUUUUCUCUCUGGUCCUGUCGACUGAAGAGACACAAAGCAGACAUGAUGCCGAUCAGUUCUUCAGUCUGUACACCUGGCCCUCGUUGGACAGAUGUGGUAAUAAUCAUAAUAAUAUGAUGAUGAUUAUUCCAGUCAAAUUAACCCACUUACAUUAUCAGCCAGAUAAAGGGAUAAAAGGCCUCCAUCACUGUGUUCUAGCAGUUAGCUAAUCAUGCUCCCUAUCCAAUAUCUGUUGAAGGUUUUGGCACCACUAGAUUAUUUUAAAGUAACUGAGGACUAUGUGACCUUGCAGAUGGUCACUUGCCGACGAUGUUAAAGCAAUAUCAGAGCUCCUGUGGGAUGCUGGGAUGACAAGGACUCAGUACGGAGUCUGUUUUGGCUCUGCUAGCAGAUAAUGUGUGCGGUACUGUACAUUUUCUUUAUCAGAAAAUGCUAUUACAGAUAGAGGACUGUGGCAGCAGCAGUUAUUGAUGGCUUCAUCUUGUAGAAAAGAAUUAUAUUGUGUAUAUACAUAGUCCUAUGGAGAAACAGCUGUUUUGGUCACUGCUUUUGUCGGUUUAUUAUGCAAUGGUCUUUCUAAACUGCUAAACCAGUUACUUUACCUCAAACAGAAAUAGUAUUUAAAGGGUGGAAACCUGCUGUUGAUAGAUUGGACAAAGGCAGCGGGAUGAGUAGUAAUGACAGCUGCAGUGUCUGCUUCAAUAACUCCAUAUUCUACAGGUAAACAAGUGCAUGCUCAGUAAUUGUCUACACACUCAUAUGCUACAUAGUCGUCUCAGCGUUAGGUCUGCAAAGGUGUUGGGAAGUGGUGUAAUAUAAAUUAACCAUGCUGUCAUGUUGUUUCAAUAGCAAACUAACAGUUACUAAAGCAUUACACAAGUAUAACUUGGUUUAAUUUCUCAUCACGUUUAAACUUAGUUAUUUAGACACGGUGGCUACUAGAAUAUUUUGCUGGGGUUUUUUGUAUUCAUGGAUGUUAUUUGAGACUUAAGUGGAAGUUGCUUUCUAGUUAAUCCUGUGAUCCAGGUCUCAACUGAGCCGCUCUCUCCCAAAGCUCGAGACAAGAAGUAAAGCCAAUAAUGUGAUUAGAUACAAAUUCCAGAUCUGCAACUUUAAAACUGAAUGGCUAAGUAGUGAUGGAGUAUCCACCACAAACAAGAAGGAUGUCUGCCUGUUGUUGUCCUGUUAGACAUAUAUAUCAUUAUUUUUUAAUAUCCGAUUAUGGUUUCCUGUUCUCUAGCUUUGGGAGAGAAUUGUUCAUGAUAGCAAACAUUUAAACCAAGAUCAUAGGUUUACAUAGUAGGUGAAUUCUCUUAGGGUGGACUUUCAUUUGAAUUGUGAUGGAAUGUUUUAUUGUAUGAAAUUUGUCUUCAGGAAAAUAAAAUACUAGGCACUAUAA